GUCGGCAGCGGUCUUGGGCUGUGAUGACUCAAAAGCGAGACCCAGGCUCCCUUUUCUCCCCCCACGCGGCUCUGUGCUGCUCUGGGGGCAUCCUGGGAAAACCGGACGCCCUGCCCUAAAGCAUUGUGGGAGUCUGGCUACUAGUCGUUAAUGGGUCUGGAGCAUUCUGGGAUUAUGCUAGCUUCUUGCGGGGAACCGUCUCUUUUGUCACACGCCUUACGCUGAGCGUCCUGGAAGCUUGGAGUGCUUUGACGAAGAGCGCCUUGGAAGGUCUUUCCUUCCCCUGUCCAGCAUCCCUCUCUACGAGCCGACAUCUGCAUUAGAGGACCUGUGGCCAAGGUGUGGCUGUGGAAAGCUGGCCAGGGAGGGACACUGCCCAGCUUCUGCUCUGCUCCUGUCUCCUGUCCCCUCCCCCCGCCAUGACAGAGACCCGUGAGCCAGCUGAGACUGGGGGCUACGCCAGCUUGGAAGAAGAUGAUGAGGACCUUUCUCCAGGCCCCGAGCAUUCCUCUGACUCCGAAUACACUCUCUCAGAGCCAGACUCCGAAGAGGAAGACGAGGAAGAAGAGGAGGAGGAGGAGACCACUGACGAUCCUGAAUAUGACCCUGGCUACAAGGUGAAGCAGCGCCUGGGCGGGGGCCGUGGGGGCCCGUCCCGCCGGGCGCCCCGUGCGGCCCAGCCUCCCGGCCCCCCAGCCCAGCCCUGCCAGCUCUGUGGCCGCUCACCCCUUGGGGAGGCCCCUCCGGGCACCCCACCUUGCCGGCUCUGCUGCCCUGCGGUAGCCCCCCAAGAAGCUCCAGCCCCUGAAACCCGGGCCCUCGGGGAGGAAGAGGGGGCCGCACCUCGGGCUGGGGAGGGCCGACCCACUGGGAGGGACGAGGAGGAGGAGGAGGAGGAGGAGGAGGGCACCUACCACUGCACCGAGUGCGAGGAUUCCUUCGACAGCCUCGGCGAGCUGCACGGGCACUUCAUGCUGCACGCCCGCGGGGAGGUGUAG